GCACUGCCUGCCGCAUUACGUCAGCGUCAGCUGUCAGCCGCCGCCGCCGCCUCAGCGGAUGGGGCAGGAGGCCGGCUGCGAGUUCCGGGGCGUGUGCAUGAAGGGAGGCGGGUUCCUCGGAGGACGCUGGCCGGCUGCGAGCGAGCGAGUGAGGGAGAGAGAGAGAGAGCGACCGAGGCUGCGACCGCUAAUCCCCCUCUCCCAACACUGCCGGUACGCUGAGGGACGCCGGGAGAGGCCCACCCGUCACCUGCAAGGCGCUGCUCCUCCCUCCCCGCCUCGCCCUUGGACUUUGAAGCUCUCUGACCUUGGGCAAGUCAUCACUUCUCAGCCCAUUCUCUCCUACUGCUAUUGUGAGGAUAAAAGAGUCAAGUAAUGUUAAAGGACAAUAUCUCAUGGAAGGACUAUAGCUAAUGGAAGAGAAAAGUCAUAUCAGGACAUCAUUGGUUUCCAGGUUACCAAAGUAUGGAACAAAACCUGCUGGAAAUAUGCUACAGACCAUCCCAAAUGGGACAGCUGUUAAUUUAUCAGGGAAUACUCGGAGCGUUGACAAAAGUUUUGGCAAGCAGAAUGGCACUAUUCGUAUGUCUUCCUUCUCUUUUAACUGGCGAAAAUCAAAUAAAUACCAACUGGGUGAUCAGGUCAGCAGUGAAUCUGACUCUAGUCAUAAUUCCAAUGAAAGGCUGACAGAUUCUGAAAAGUGCCCUCAGUCUGAAGGAGCAGUUGGUAAAGAAGUGCUCAGGGUGGGUUCAAGCAACACCUUGUCAAAACUAGCUAAGCAAAACAGCAUGUUUGUGUCACCUACUGAAGAAUUAAACCAAAAGGCUUUGCCUGGGCUGUCUAGUUCUGCUAAGUACAGUAAAAGUUCCUUGUUAGGCAGAACUUCAUUUUCUGGACUUCAUGCUCCAAAAUCACACUUGAAUGGAAUUUGUGGGAACCGUUCAACUAUAGGCUUGCAGAGGAAUAGAGGUAAUUCUACUGCCACCAGGAGCAGCUCAGGGGAGAGUUUGGCAAAAUUGACUGACAAUGAUAAAUCUUGUGAAAAAAUGGUUAGGUCACAAAGCUUUUCACAUUCCAUUCAAAGCUCUAUCUUGCCCCCUGCAACCCUAACUAGGUCACAUUCUUUUAACAGAGCUGUGGAUCUUACAAGGCCUUAUCAAAACCAACACUUAACUAUUAGAGCAUCUCAGAGGUCAAAUCUAUUGUCAAGAAGUGCACGGCAGUUGGAUAUGCCCAAUGGCAAUGAACCAUUAAGAUACGGGUUUUCUAGAUCAUAUGCUGCUUUAGCUCCCCAAGGUUUGAAAAAACAACCACUAUCCAAUGGCUCUGGGGAUGCACCUUCUCUCAGAUUUAGAACAGCCCGUCCAUCUUUAUUGAAGCCUGGCAACCAACAUUUGGGGAGAAAGAUCCCUGUGGAUGGCAGCACAAGUAAAGAUACCGAAAACUGCACAGAGGAGGACUUGAUUUCAACAAAUAGCAGUGGAGGAGUUGAUGCAAAAGGAAUGCAAAACAGUGAAAGAACUGAAGAUGGAGAAACUGUACAUAAUAACGUAGAUAAAAUUAUUAGCAUGGAUGGUGAUGUUGAUGAAAUAUCUAUAUCUUCCUUGUCCUCUUCUGAGAAAAAUGAUCUGAGCGAAGACUUUAGUGAUGACUUCAUAGAUCUAGAAGAUCCCAACCGACCAAUAACAAUUCAAGAAGAAGUGGUUUCUGUUCAAGAGCUGGAGCAUGGCAAUGGAAUACCACUAGAUCAGAUUUUGUCUCUAAAGAAAAGUGAAAGAUCCAACUGUAAUUCUGAUGAAUGGCUGAAUAUACGUGUGUCUGUAGAUGACAAGAGUGAAAGUGCAAAACAUCCUGCUGGGAGCAAUGUGAUUUCCUCUGACAUGGACUACAGAGCUGGCUCUUCAUUUGAGCUUUCUCCAUCUGAUAGCUCCGAUGGAACCUAUAUGUGGGAUGAAGAAGGGUUGGAGCCCAUUGGAAGUGUCCAUCCAUGUGGAAGUUAUGAUUCUUCAGAAAUGAAUAGUAUAGAUAUUUUGAAUAAUCUUGAUUCAUGCGAUCUUGAAGAUGAUGAUCUUAUGCUCGAUGUUGACUUACCUGAAGACGCACCCUGUGAUAAUGUGGAUUGUGAAAAUAUGAAUCGUUAUGAGCGGCCAGAAAGAAAUAUUCGACAGCAGAAGGAGGGGUUGUGGAAGAGGACACCACAACGAUGGAAUGCCCAAGACCAUUAUCAUCUUGGUCAUACUGACCAUUGUUCCCAUAGUAGAAAUGAUCUGAACAGGAGCUGCAACUAUUUUGACUCUCCUCCUGUCGGUCACCUUGAAGGAUAUGGAGCACCAAGCUUGUACCCACCUCUGAGAAGUUUGCCGGCAAACACUGUGAUGCUGGAUGAAAUGACCCUUCGGCAUAUGGUUCAAGACUGCACAUCUGUGAAAACUCAGUUAUUAAAAUUGAAAAGAAUAUUUAAUCAGAAUGAUGAAAAUGUGUCACUCCACAACAUCACAUUUUCACUUCCUUCAAGCCCAGAACUGCAGGAGCCUGAACCAGUUUAUAAGACUGAUGAUUUGCUGAAUGAGAUCACACAGCUUAAAGAAGAUUUAAAGAAAAAGGAUGAAACAAUCAAACAACUAGAGCAUCGGCUUUCUGUUAGGUGUGUCUGCAACAGAGACAGCAAGAUAUCUGAACAGCCUGCGUGCACAUAUGCUGACAAAUACACACAGACCUCCUGGAGGAAAAGUGCUGGUGGGUAUUCUGCUCCUUCCUUCUCUCCCUGGCAGGGCUCAUUCCAGGGCAUCCCUCGGACUGUUCCACCGCAACGCAGACAGACACCCUGCGACAACUCAUGUAGAACCAGCCUUCACAGGAUACUGCUAUAUUGUGGCAGGCCUCAAGUACUACAGCCUUCCAGCCACCUUCCCAGUUUCACAGACCUCGCCCAGGGAAAAUUAAUAAAAACGUCACGCAUCGGGGCCCACAAUGAACCAACAGAAGACCAAAAGAAAAGUGCUGGCCAUGAAUCUCAAAAUGCUGCAGAUGGCUCCUUCACCAAUAGCCUAAAUGAACUGAGCACUUUAAAUACACAGUUAAAUGUAAGAAAGUCAGAGGAGAAUGCACAUUCCACCAAGAAUGUAAAAGUUAGAGAGAAGCCUAAAGAACUGUCUGGUAGAAAAUUUAAUACACUACAUUCGCAUCCCUCUUCUCACUCAUCUUCCCAAGUAAAUACUCAAGAAGUGCAGACCAAAUUAGUUCUCAAAAACAAUUGCUCACGGACAAACCAGGCUUCAGCGCCAAAGAGUUCAAGAGCCACCAAGACUCCGAAGCAGAAUGCUUUAGUGCCUCCUCCAGUAACGGUUGCAGCAGCAUCUGCAGAUGGCUCUUCUGCUUCAAAGGAGCCUGAACAGCUGCCGCCAAGCUACCCAACACAACUGCAGCUGGCAUCCAGUCAGUCUGACCUGAGUCAUAAGAGCCAGAAAAUCUCAAAGCUUCGUCCUCCAACGAUUUCCUUUAGGCCCAAGCAAAUGACAAAUCCAAAAAUCAUGAUGCCUCCUGAAUCUCAGAAUACCUGGUCCAAGACAAACCACUCAAGGCAACUAAUACAAGCAAAAGAAAAUAUGCAGAAUCAAGAUUCAAACAUUCAUUCUGGUGACUGUGUGGCUCCUAAUCGGCAUUCCCGCCUCCCUAAACCAAAGACAUAAUUGAAAUCAUGACUUGCAUAUGAACAUCUCAAUGUCCUGUAUUGUAAAGCUGCUUACUCUCAUCCUUUCUUGUCUCAGUCAAGAAUCUUCAUCAAAAGCAUGCAUGCACUGAAUGCUUCAGUUCUUUUGGUACUUAACUAUUAUAGUCUAAUCUCCCUUGAUUUUGUGCCAUUUAGAAGUCUGUGCUAUCCAUUGAUUGCAUUGCCCAUUUGUCCCCUUUUAAGAUUGUUUGGCUUAAUACUAAAGUUUGAAAUGGCUACUGGUUGCUAAGAGUAAUGCACCAUUUGUUUGAGGAGGACAGGCUGCUUGCUGGAAAUCCAACCCUUAGUAGUUUGGACCACUGAAUGUUAGGUGGUUAUGGAUACACGUUUGGCUCUGACAUCAACUAUAAGUGAUAAAUUAGUUUUUUAUCUUCAAUCUCAGCCAUAAUUCUGACUCUGUAUCUCAGAGACCUAUGCAAAAUGCUCCUAUUUAUUACAACAGUGAACCCAAGACUGUCUAAAUGAUGUAUAUUUGGUGUUGAAUUGGGGUUUUUAUGCCAGGAGGAUCCCAAAUUGCUGUAGUUACUUUUUGAAUUUAUAUUUCACUGUUCACAAGCGGCAAACAAAAUUUCACAGGGUGAAAUGGAUAUUAGUUAAAUUUUAAACAUUAAUCCACCCAAAACCUUUUCAUGCAGAUAGUUGUAAAAUGGUUAUGUGCUGUGACCCUGGGAAUAAUGACUCCGUGACACCUGUGUUGUGGAUUUUCGCAACAUAACUUUCAUGUUAAGAUUUAACUUAAUUGUAACAUUAUUUAUUAAUUUAUGUUGCUGUUGCAAGUCUUAUGAACCCAACUUGAAAUGUUUGCACAAACCUUUGCCAUAAAUGUAGGGUUUUGAAAAUUAUUUUUCAUAAUAAAAGCUUGUUUUUUAAAGAAAUAUUUUUAAAAUACACAGACACACUUUGGGAAAGCUUGUGGAGUCAUAAAAACAGAACUGGUACUCUUUCAGAGAUUAAUAAUAUUGCAUUUGUGGCUAGUUCCUAGGUAUUGAAUGAGGGAUGGAAAAUGACUGGUAAAGGAGAAAAAACUCUUAGAUACUCUGUAUGAAGAUGGUUGUAGUUUAAAUAUUUAUGGCGCAAUGAAGUGUAAAGAUAUACCUGUAACUUGCAUUAGCAAAUAUGCAAUAAAAUGCUCUUAUGAGAAACA